AUGUUGACUUCCAUAUUGAUAAAGGGUCGCACACCUCUUCUUGUAAGCAGAAAUUUAGCAGUACUGCUCACGAAUUGCAAACGUAUUAAUCGGGCAGUUUCAACAAGGUUAUAUAAUGAUGGGAACAGAGAUCAAAAGAAUUUUGGUAGGUAUCAGAGGAACGACAACAAUAAUAGGUCCAGAAACUCCCGCUUCAAUUCGCGCCCAAGAACUAGGUCUAGGGAAGACGAGGAUGAAGUACAUUUCGAUAAAACCACUUUUUCUAAGUUAAUUCACGUGCCAAAAGAAGAAAAUACUAAAGAAGUAACGCUGGAUUCUUUACUGGAAGAAGGUGUUCUUGAUAAAGAAAUACACAAAGCUAUUACUAGGAUGGAGUUCCCCGGUUUAACUCCUGUACAGCAAAAGACUAUAAAACCAAUCUUGUCCAGUGAAGACCACGAUGUUAUCGCAAGAGCUAAAACCGGUACAGGUAAGACAUUUGCAUUCUUGAUUCCAAUUUUCCAGCAUUUGAUAAAUACGAAGUUCGAUUCUCAGUAUAUGGUAAAGGCUGUCAUUGUUGCACCAACAAGAGAUUUGGCCUUGCAAAUCGAAGCCGAGGUGAAAAAAAUCCACGAUAUGAAUUAUGGCUUGAAAAAGUACACUUGCGUCUCUUUAGUUGGUGGUACUGAUUUCAGAGCAGCUAUGAAUAAAAUGAAUAAGUUGAGACCAAACAUUGUAAUCGCCACUCCAGGAAGAUUGAUUGAUGUCUUAGAAAAGUACUCGAAUAAGUUUUUCAGGUUUGUGGAUUAUAAAGUAUUAGAUGAAGCUGAUAGAUUGCUAGAAAUUGGUUUUAGAGAUGAUUUGGAAACUAUUUCUGGUAUAUUAAAUGAAAAGAACUCCAAAUCAGCCGAUAACAUCAAGACUUUGUUGUUCUCUGCCACUCUGGAUGACAAAGUGCAAAAAUUGGCAAACAAUAUCAUGAAUAAAAAGGAAUGUCUCUUUUUGGACACAGUAGACAAGAAUGAACCUGAAGCUCAUGAAAGAAUUGAUCAAUCCGUUGUAAUUUCUGAAAAAUUUGCCAAUAGUAUAUUUGCUGCUGUGGAGCAUAUAAAAAAACAAAUAAAGGAAAGAGACUCUAAUUACAAAGCCAUUAUUUUUGCACCAACUGUCAAAUUCACGUCCUUUUUGUGUAAUAUUUUACAAAAUGAGUUCAAGAAGGAUCUACCAAUUCUGGAAUUUCAUGGUAAAAUUACUCAAAAUAGAAGAACGAGUUUAGUUAAGAGAUUUAAGAAAGAUGAAUCUGGUAUUUUGGUUUGCACAGAUGUGGGUGCCCGUGGUAUGGAUUUUCCAAAUGUCCACGAAGUUUUGCAAAUUGGUGUUCCAUCCGAGUUGGCUAAUUAUAUCCAUAGAAUUGGUAGAACUGCCAGAAGUGGGAAGGAAGGCUCCUCCGUGCUAUUCAUUUGUAAGGAUGAAUUACCGUUUGUCAGAGAAUUGGAAGAUGCCAAAAACAUAAUCAUUGCCAAACAAGAAAAAUACGAGCCAAGUGAAGAAAUAAAAUCUGAAGUUUUGGGAGCGGUAACCGAUGAACCAGAAGACAUAUCUGAUGUUGUGAUAAGUUUAAUCUCAUCCUACAGAUCUUGUAUCAAAGAAUACAGGUUUUCUGAAAGGCAUAUACUGCCUGAAAUUGCUUCUACUUAUGGUGUAUUGUUAAACGAUCCCCAAUUAAAGAUCCCUGUAUCUAGAAGAUUUUUAGAUAAAUUAGGCUUGAGCCGUAGUCCAAUUGGUAAGACAAUGUUCGAAAUUAGAGAUUAUAGCGGUAAUAGAGAUGCAAAUGAGAGUUCCCAUGAUUACAAUGGUGCAGAUUCAGAAACUUCUUUCAGAGGCAACAAGAGUUAUAAUAAUAGGAACAAAAGAAGAGAUUACGAUGAUGAACCAUUUAGACGCAGCAAUAACAACAGGCGCUCAUUCUCUCGUAACAAUGAUAAAAACAAUUACUCUAGUAGAAAUGACAACAGAUAUUAG